GUUGGUUCCCCUGCCAUCUGACAUUAGCAGCAGCAGUGACAUAACGGAGAACAUAACCUAAACGGUUCGGAAUUGUAAAUUGUUCGUCUGCAUUGUAUUUUGCGCAAGUGGCUUUGUUUUGGGGGCUGCGAGAAUGUCCGGAGUAAUGAGAUUCCAGAUGGUGGCACUGAGGAGGGCCAUCUCCAACGGAAACAGACGUUUCAUUUCUACGUCGAAGAAGAACAGCGACACCGUGAAUGUUGCAGAGGCAGCCUGCAAGUCUCAGGAUGCAUCACAAGCUACCAUCCCGAAGAGGAAGAACUGGGUCAGCUACGGUUUCGAUCACAAGAGCAAAGAGGCCGACCGGAAUGCCCUACACUCGAUCAUGUUCAUCAGUGUCACAGGUUGUCUGGUGCUUGGCGGUUACUAUUUCAUGUAUCUUCCUGACUACAACCUGAGGGAUUGGUCUCAGCGUGAGGCUUUCCUGGAGCUGCAGAGGAGAGAAGCUGCAGGUCUACCUGCCAUCUGCAAGGAUCUAAUAGAUCCAAGCAAUAUUGUGUUGCCAACAGACGAAGAGCUGGGAGACACAGAGAUCAUCAUCUAAAUGGAUCCAAUUCUCUAGUUGAUUGCGUUAAAAUAAUGUAUAUAUAUAUAUUAAAUAAAAAAAGUAUUUAAUCGUAGAUGACAAGAUAA